AUGUUUGAAAACUUGAAAGCUUUCAUUAGACAUGGAAAGCAAGCCAAUGAUUUCAAAAAGAAAACGGCUUCUCCAUAUGAACAGCAACAACCACAGCAAACUUUGACGGCUGAAAACCCAUUCGGUUCAGAUUAUCAACUCAUUGAUUCCUCCGACAUAUCAGGUAAACAAUAUCAGCAACACCAGGCUCCACACCAAACUCACCAAUCACACGGAGAUGAACAAAAUCCUCGUUGUGGCCCUGAAUUUGUUGAUCACAAUAGUCGCAACGAUGGCAAAAGUGUCUACGCCGACGCAGAGACAAACCUCUCUGAUAUUACAUUAAACGACCCUGUGCAACAGCAACAACAGCAACAACACCAACACCAACACCAACAACACCAACAACACCAAGAGUAUAACAAAGUGGCAACGCAAAUUGUUGAAGAAGAACGUUUACAAAAAUCCAAAUUUAAAAAAUACCCGAAUUUGGACAAGUACGAAGUAAUGGAGCAAAUGGGCGAAGGUGCAUUUUCCGUAGUAUACAAGGCUGUACAUAAAGCAACUGGUAAAGAAGUUGCCAUCAAGAUAUUACGUAAAUUUCAAAUGGAUCAACAGCAAAAGCAAGCGGUUUUAAAAGAAGUUACGAUAAUGAGGCAGUUGAAAAACCCAUAUAUAGUAAGAUUCAUUGAGUUUAUUGACUCUCCAGUUUACUACUAUAUUGUGCAAGAGUUGGUGUCAGGAGGUGAGAUAUUCACAAUGAUUGUGAAGUACACUUAUUUAUCCGAAGACUUGUCUCGAUGGAUUAUUACUCAAGUUGCACAUGCUAUUAGAUACUUGCAUGAGGAAGUUGGAAUUGUGCAUCGUGAUAUUAAGCCCGAAAACUUGUUAUUUGAACCAAUAGAACUCAAACCUAGUGCUGACCCAACUGCCAAAUUGAGAAAAAGCGAUGAUCCAAAUACAAAAAAGGAUGAAGGCGAGUUCAUUGAUGGUGUUGGAGGAGGUGGUAUUGGAGUUGUUAAGUUGGCUGAUUUUGGUUUAUCCAAACAGAUAUGGGAACACAAUACAAAGACACCUUGUGGUACGGUAGGUUAUACUGCACCGGAAAUAGUUCGAGACGAACGUUAUUCUCGCGAAGUGGAUAUGUGGGCGAUGGGAUGUGUGCUUUACACUUUAUUAUGUGGAUUUCCACCCUUUUACGAUGAAAGAAUUGAAACUUUGACUGAAAAAGUGGCAAAGGGACAGUUUACCUUUUUGCAGCCCUGGUGGGAUGAAAUCAGUGACGGCGCAAAGAACUGUGUGAGUAAUUUAUUAACUGUUGAUCCAAAAAAGAGGUAUACUAUAGAUGAUCUCUUGCGGGAUCCUUGGAUGCAAACAAAACCUAAAAGUGCUGCCCAAGGAACAUCAGUGCUAAAUUUGAAUUCAACAUUGUUAAAUACCAAAGUUUCGCACCCUAUUCAGUCACAAAACCAGGGUACUUUAGCUGAUGACAGUGCCAGUGCUAUUGCUACCAGCGGUAACAAAUAUUCAAAGAAAUACAAAUCUCAAAAUUUCAACCAGGAUCUUUAUUCACCUGCAGCAGUGGCUUUGAGAGAUGCAUUUGAUAUUUCUACGGCGGUACAUCGUAUGGGAGAAGAAGCUGCGCUAUCCACCAAAUACUCUCAACAAGCAUACGGGGAUUUAAUUGAAGAAGAAGAAGAAGAAAAUGAAGAAGAUGUGACAGCAAGUGGUCGUGUCUUGCAUCAUCAUAAGAGAAGUCCUUCGUCACAAAAUAUCAGACAGCAGCAGCAGCAGCAGCAGAAGAAACACCAAGAUCCAAGAGUUCCUCGUUCUGUAGUGAAUAAAAAUGGGGAUUACCAUAUUAGGAAUAAUAAUGAAUUUGAUUUGAAUCUUGGCGCUGCAUCGAUUAUUGAAAGAAGGAAAAAUAAACAAAUACCUAUUCAAACUAGUUGA